GCAAAGGGAGCCUGGGAACCAGCUGUGGUUGACUUCCAGGAGCCACUAGACUGUUUCUACACACUUCACAAGAUACCUGUUCGGGAUUAUUUGGAUUUCGGUUUUAAGGCAAUGAAGUAGCUGGGACAAAAAUGAAGUGAAUAUCUUGGGAAGGAAAUAAGCCCUAAAUGUGGAAGUUUACAUGGAAGAGAAACUUGUCAUUAUAACUCUAUGAAAAGAAGCUUUGGAAGAGACCAAAGAAUUGCUAAUAGAGCUACAGAGGCAACAUCUGAGAGAAACAAGUUCUACUACAAUCUCUACUACUACAUUUAUGACUACUGAGCUGCUUCGGAGAGAGACUCACCUCGCCGUCUCCUAAUUGAGAAGUUAGUCCCCGCCCCUUCCAGCUGGUUCUGAGCCCAAGUCCGAGGUAUUGCAUUCUGAGCUGCAGUUUCAAUCUCCCUCCUUCCUACCUGAAGAGUGACUGAAGAUUUUCAGAUUAACACUACAGGUGAAGAUUGGUAAAAAGAAACACUGAUUUCUGAGGUGGCCUGGAGAGGAAAAGUGCUGGUCAGUAUCACGUGGACAAGCUUAGUGUUUUCCAAAGAUGCUAUUGAAGUAGUCUUUGCUACUGCUUGCCUUCACUCAGAGCUCUUCAUAAAAACAUGGGCUGCAUGAAAUCAAAGCAAACUUUCCCAUUUCCUACCACAUUUGAGAGCGAGAAGCGGCAUGCAAGUGAAGAAAGCUUUAUGUCUGGAGAGAGAUUUCCACCUAGAAUGCCUUCUUCAGUUCAGGUCGAGCAAGAAGUGAGAAAACCAUCAGGAACCGAAAUUGUGGUCUUCGAAUUUGCACAUCGCCUGUCCCAGGAAAUCCUGAGUGACGCCCUGCAGCAGUGGGCAGGCAAUAACAUCAAGUACUAUGACAUCCCAUAUAUUGAGAGUGAGGGGCCUUGACUCUGUAGGAUGAUAACUUCUUGAAUUGUGGAUAAAGUUGGUGCUACAUGAAACAAUAGCAAAAACUGGUGUGAAUAAAUACAAAUAACUACAUCUGGAUGUAAAAAAGUCUAUGAUAAUAUCAAGAGUAUAGAGUACUUAAAUGAAAUAUGUUAAGCACUUUUUAUGUUAACACCGAUUUCUAUCUGCUUGGCCUAGGAUUUUAGUCAUUUAAAGGGCGAAACAUAGGUCCUGCACCACAGUAAUCAGCUAUUAUGUCACAGCACUUUCUUCCUGAGGCAGUAAUAGAAUCACCAAAGAAAUCAAAUGGUUAAAGACACUUCUUUUAAAAUUACUAUUUGUUAAUUUACACACACACAAAUAAGAUAUGAGAAGGCUUUUUCCCAAAAUGCUUUGGCAAGGAAAUGGCACUUAAGCCACAGUAAUUAACAGUGGGUCUUGUUUGUCAAAACCAUUUGUGUCAAGGAUCCCUGUUCCUUAACACAAAUGACCAAGGAGUAGAAAGCAACCCAUGCAGAGGAAGUCCACCUUGAAACCUGUUCUUGAGACAUUUAUUUUUGUAGCUGAAAAGUCUAACUACCACCUUGAACCUCAGGGCCCAAACUAACCUCAGCUGUUACUGGAUGACUCAAGACAUCACACAUAAGGCACCUGAACAAGAUACAAUUUACAGAAGUCAUGACAUUAAUGUUUAUGGCAUUGAAUUAAGCAGCCCAGUGAUAUAACAAUAAGAAUUUUUACAAAUAGCAAUCCAGUAAAUUUUAAAAUAACAGAAGCUCUAGUCAAGAUAGAAAGCAGAACCUGUUCUCAGUGCUGCAUGCAUGUUAAGUUUUACUAUCUCAAAGAUGCAGAGGGUCAGUAUAUGGGCACUCGUUCCCAUUUUAUUAUUGACUAGUGGGACCAGUCUAUGCAUGAGUAUACAUACUUGUGUUACAAAACGAAAGAUCAAACACUCCUCCAAAGAGUAUUCAUUUAUUUGUGUAUGUGUGGUAACAAUGCUGUUAAGGUAUUUAUAGCCAUAGACUUAAAUCUAUCUUUUUGGGGCAGCUUUUAUUUUUAUUUUUUUUAACAAGUACUGUUUGAGAUCCAUGGCAAUAGAAAAUUUGGGAGGGGAAGAAGAUAUUGAGAAGACACACCUAUAGAAAAAUUGGGAUGCAGCCACUAGAAUUGUCUUUUCACCAAGAUUUGCUGCAUACUGAGUUUAAUUGGAAAGGGGAUUAUUUAAGUCUGUGUGCAUUAGAUUCUUAAGAUUCAACAGAUCAUUGUCACCAAUAUCUAAAGGACGGCAGAAGACGACUUGAGAUAAAUAUGUACGUGGCCUUAUAAGCAGGCAGAAAUGCUACCUCUAAUUUUAACGGUUAUACUUUGAAACCCACAAAUGGAGUGAAUUCUCCCGGAUGCAUGGACAAAGAAGGUUCUCUGAAGUGAGUGAUGUACCAUUUUUCCAUUGCUUUUAGACACCUGUCAUUCAACUUUCAUUUCACCUAGAUCUGAACUCUUCUGUUGUACAAUCUAGAAAGAAGGUAGAAAAAACCCACCAUCCUCAUUUACACAAGGAUAUGAAGGCCUAAAACUAAGAAAACAUUUUUGGAAAGUGCAAAAUAUAUUUCCAGGUCAUAAAGAAAAAUUUAGGGUUUUGAGUAUACUAAUCACUCAGACAAAAGCCUCGAUGUUGCCGUUUUUCAUCCGUUUUAUGUCUCACAUCAGGACAUUUUUGCUGCAAAGUCACUCACUGUUUAAAAGAUGUAGUUAAGUAUAUAAUACAAUAUUACAGUGACAAAAUAAAGCCAUAGCCACACUAAAUUUUUCAGCACCCAUUGGGACGUAGACUGGCGAGUUUUGGUACAGCUAAGUAUUUUAACCUCAGGUUCCUCCUGUGCCUGGUCCCCUAUUUCCCAGGGGGUAACAGGCAUGCCUGUCAGAUCCACAUCUAGCGCCAAGUGUCUCUCUGUUGCCGCCCUGACACUGCGGCAGUAUGGUUUUGUCACCAAGCACCAAACCCUCGCUCCUGAAUCAUUUUCACAGAGUAAAAUAUCUUGCAGUGUAGCCUUACCUUGCAUGGACAAGGAACUACGAGGCUUGCAUCAUCAGUGAGUGAGUAGAUAAUCCAAGUUGGAGGCAGGCAGGAAAAAGAACUGGAUAAGCAAGUGUGUACCACAGGUGAAAUUAUCAAGAUACACUUUUGCCUUGACAACAAGGCAGAUAAGAACAUCUUUGGUAGGGUUCCUCCUCUCAUACCUUCAUAUUUAAAUACAAGAUUUAUUUUACUUUGAACUUUCAUGAAUAGUAAAAGGUCUAUUUGAGAAGAAAGGAACAUAUAAAACACAAGACUGAAAGAAUUAUUAGCUACAGAAAGGGAAACGUUUGUUCCCACUUCUAUCACAAACACAGAUGAAAUAAGAAUAGUGGCCAAAUCAUAAGGGAACCAUGGCGCAAGAAACAGCACCCACGUCAGGCUCCAUCAAAAGACACUGCAAAACAAAUCUCCAGUGUUCUCGACUGAGGGAAGGGAACUUCUUUACCACCCUGACAGGUGCCCAACUACUGACUCUUUUCCCUUGGGAACAUCCAGGCUAGGGGCAGAUGAGUGCCGCCAGUGCGGCAAAGAACCUGCAGAUGGCAACAAACCCAGAUUCUCCGAGGAAGUGAGGAAGCGUGCCAGUUCCUCACCUACAGAGACUCAAUCCCGCGAAAGUGCUUCCCUGCUCCCUUCCCUAGUUAAAGGUCUCUCGUGUGCUAUUACCUUUCAGUUACAAGCCUUUGAUCCUAGAGUGCUCCAUUUUCAGUUGCCUUAUCUGUCCUUUGCUACCUACCUAUGGUCAUUAGCACUCAAAGCACAACUUUGAAGGGGAUAAAAAUGAUCCUAGUUCCAAAGGAAUAAUUUGUGUUAAACUGCCUUAUUAGUACUAAAAACAGACAUACUGCUGAAUAGGAUAGCAUGACACAUGUAUCCUACUUAAUAUCAUUGGCAUUUUAUGAGAUGAGGGAACUAUGCUUUUAUAUUAUAUACUUUUAGAAAUCAAAGUUAGAGACACAUGAUAAAGUAAAUGCAAGGAACAGUAAUUUAAAAACAAAAUUCCUACAAAUGUGUUGUUUGCUUAUUAAGCAGUUAAUGCCCUCACCCUGUAUCUGUGUGGCCAAACAGGAUGUAUCUUCCUUGGGGCAAGUGGGCACAAGCUCAGAUGUACCCCUUAUCUCUUACUUUGGAAAACUCACGUUUUGUUAGCUAAUUCUCUUCCUGUAAGACUUAGCUACGAAAUUGUAUAUUUUUUCCAAAUAUUUUUGAGAAAACAUUUUUUCUAACUGUACAAUAACAGUCUAGUUGCAAUUAACUAUGAGUUCGUAUUAAA